AUGUUCGGAACUACUGCUUCUCGCCUCAUCCUGGGGAUGCUCAGCUGUGUGGCCCUCCUGCCCAGCCAGGCUUUGGCGGCACACCAGCACAUCGGUCACCGCCACCAUCAUCCCUUCAAUCCCACCCAGCAACCCCAGGCCAGCACGCUCAUCACUGUCGCUCAGGGUAGCGCUGCCACUGAAGCCCCUUCCGCAUGCUACUGGGCCCCAUCUGCCGUAUCUUCAGUGAUUGCCUCGGCCUCGGCGGAGGCCUCGGCGGUAACUCAGAGCAACAUCACCGCCAAGGUCAUCAUCCCAUUCUACGUCUAUCCUGAAGAUGGUGCCUGGACCCCCAUGGAAGAGCUCGUCGCCGCCUUCCCCAAUGUCCACUUCACCAUCAUCAUCAACCCCGAUAGCGGUCCCGGCUCUAGCAGUCUCCCAGACAGCAGCUUCCUGACCGCCGUCCCCAGGCUCACCAGCUACAGCAACGUGCUCGCCAUCGGCUACGUCCCGACAGAGAAGGGCACCCGCGCCAUUUCAGACGUCGAAAGCGACAUCAAGACCUACGCCGGCUGGCCUUCCGCCUCCGGCAACUCCUCUUUCGCCGUGCACGGCAUCUUCCUCGAUGAAGCCCCCAACGCCUACAGCGAGGAGCUGGUUUCGUACUACCAGCAACUAACCACUCUCAUCAAAGAGAGUUCCGGCCUGGGACCGGAGAAUUUUGUGGUGACCAACCCCGGCACAGUCCCUGACUCCGCCUACCUCAGCAUUCCCGACUCCACGGUGGUCUUCGAGUCGCCCUACGACUCGUUCAUGAGCGCCGUGUCAGCAGACUCGUUCGCUAGCAUUAGGGGCGGAAACCACAGCGCUCUGGCUACCAUGGUCUACUCGGUCCCGGAUACUGUGCAUCUCCCGACCCUGAUUAGCCAGGUCGGGAAUAUCUCGGACCAGAUCUUCCUGGGCAAUACGAGUUCGUAUACGGUGUAUAACUCGUACAUGAACCAGGUUAUUCCAUUGUUGUUGCCUGCUUCUUCUUAG